AAACGUGCAGGAAAUACAACCAGAUGUGUUUUCCGCGAACAACAUGGGAAGGACGCAUACACUAGGUACGAGUCUGAAGAAUUCAAUGGAAAGUUUAUAUCCUUUAGUAGAAAAGGACUUCACAGAUAUAAAGCAGAGAGCCAGUUCGGAACUAAAGCUGUACAAUUUGUUGAACGACCAAGAUCGGAAGUUAUUGGAAAGGAUGGUAGAAGCCUAGGGUAUGUAAAAUGUUAACAGCAGCAGCAGGAAUAAAAGAACGACAACAAUAACAAUAACAGCAAACACAACAACAACAACAACAACAACAACAACAACAACAACAACAACAACAACAACAACAACAACAACAACAACAACAACAACAACAAGGAAACAACAACAAGGAAACAACAACAACAACAGCAAGGAAACAACAACAACAACAGCAUCAACAACAAUAAGCACAAUAACAACAGCAGCAACAAUAACAACGGCAACAACAACAACAACAACAACAAUAACAACAAGGAAACAACAACAACAACAACAACAACAACAACAGCAGCAACAAUAACAACAACAACAACAACAAGGAAACAACAACAACAACAACAACAACAACAACAACAACAACAACAACAACAGCAACAAUAACAACGGCAACAACAACAACAACAACAACAACAACAACAACAACAACAACAGCAGCAACAACAAUAAGCACAAUAACAACAAGGACGACGACGACAACAACAACAACAACAACAACAACAACAACAGCAAACACAACAACAUCGAGAAUAACAGCAAACACAACAACAACAACAACAACAACAACAACAACAACAACAAUAACAGCAAACACAACAACAAUAACAGCAAACACAACAACAACAACAACAACAGCAGCAACAGCAGAAGGAACAGCAGCAGCAGCAAGACAACAACACCAGCCACGUUUUCAACACGGAUUAUUACAUAAUUUUUGUUUGAAAUAUUGCACAUUCUAAGGUAACAGAAUUAAUAAUAGCAACUUCUUCAACAUUUUUAACACAAAGCUUUAUGUUAUCCUUGUUUUAGAUAUUAUACAUCCAGAGGUAAAAAAGACACGAUAACGUCAGCGAUGAUGGAGCAGCAUAAAGAGAUGGCACGUAAAAUGGGACGGUUAAGCCAUUUAUAUCAGGAGAAUAAUCCAUCUUCAAACCCGCUUCAUAAUGGAAAGAAUACUAAAAAGAGCAGAAAGAACAAACAUAAAAAGAACCGAAAGAAUAAACAUAAAAAGAACCGAAAGAACAAACAUAAAAAGAACCGGCGAAAGAACAAAAAUGAAAAGAAGAAACAUAGCAAUGCUAAACAACAAGAAGAAACAAAAGACAAUGGAAGGUUUCCUCCUAAAGGAAGACUAGGAAGCAUAUGA